CCCACUCUCUAGGCAGGCCCCCACCCGGCGUCUGUGCGGGGAAAGCCGCCCAGCUGUUUCUGAUUCUUUCCCCCUCGCAGCCCCGCCCGAAGGGGCGGGGGCCAGGGCAGCAGGGAAGCCGGGGAGACAAGGCUCUUCUGAGCCCCGCGGUGAAGGGCGUCCGGUCCGCAGGUGUGCCCCCUCCGGUUCGGCCGUCGGUCGCUGGUCCACAGGCCGGAGGGAAGCAACCGGGCCGGGCAGAAGGGCGGAAGCCAAGUCUAAACGUUGUUUGGUGGGGUGCGCUGGGCAGGGGGUCGCAGGAACUGGGCAAGGAGCCCUAGAGAAGAGAAGCCCCUACCUGGAGCCGGCUGCCCACCGCGCCCUGUUGGCACCGCUGAAAAGGGAGUAAAGAUUCUCUCGCAACUUGCCGAUUCUGCCCAUUUCCCAGAAGCGCCAGAACGGAGAGAGGACCCGAGAAACCGAGUGCGUCCUUUCUGCUCAGCGCCAGUGUCCAUGGGGGCUAGCGGACAGCGGAAGGGUCUGCAGGCUCCUGCUCCGCUCCCGGCCGUCGCCCCCGUUACUUGGGGGUUGCCGAAUGAAGGGCGCUAGGACCCGGUGGCGCGGUGUCGGCAGGGACGGGGCGCUCAGGGCUCAAAGGGGCGCCGAAGCGCCCACAGCGUCCAGCCCGAGCAGGUGGGGGCGCGGAGCGGUGCGCAGCCGGGGCGCCGCAGGCCGCCACACCUAGGGCGCAGCGAAGCGCCGGGGCUACGCGGGCGGAGCCGCCCUGAGAGCCGCGCGUGUCCCCAGCCUCGGCCCCGCCCCGCGCUGUCCAAUGAGAGCCCGCGGCCAGAGGGGCUGUCCGCACACUCCACCCGCAGCCCCACUCCACGCCACCGACCCCCUGACAUCGCUCCCCGCGCCCCGGCUGUGCGCCCCAGUCCCCGAGGUCACUGCGCCCCUCUCCGGAACCCUGCGCCCCGGUCCGGGAAUCCAGGUGCCCCUAGGUCCCCAGCCGCCGGCAAGCCUAUGGCCCCCCAGGGGGGUGAGUAAGGACAGCCUGAGUACCCCCAGCCGGUGCCGCGUCCACGCCCCUCCGGGCCGCGCGGCAGCAGUCUUGGGGAGCUAUGCUGAAGCUGGGUGGUGCGGAGGACGCCGCGCAGCUGCCCCCUCGGCGCGCCCGCGCUCCUGUCCCCGCGCCCGCGCCCAGACCUGCGGCCCCCGACGGCUCCCGGGCUGCGGCCCGCCUAAGCCUUGCCUGCUUGCUGCUGCUGCUGCUGACGCUGCCGGCCCGCGUAGACACGUCCUGGUGGUACAUCGGGGCACUGGGGGCCCGAGUGAUCUGUGACAAUAUCCCUGGUCUGGUGAGCCGGCAGCGGCAGCUGUGCCAGCGUUACCCAGACAUCAUGCGCUCGGUGGGCGAGGGUGCCCGAGAAUGGAUCCGAGAGUGUCAGCACCAGUUCCGCCACCACCGCUGGAACUGCACCACCCUGGACCGGGACCACACUGUCUUUGGCCGUGUCAUGCUCAGAAGCAGCCGGGAGGCAGCGUUUGUAUAUGCCAUCUCGUCAGCAGGGGUGGUUCAUGCAAUCACCCGCGCCUGUAGCCAGGGGGAACUGAGUGUGUGCAGCUGUGACCCCUAUACCCGUGGCCGACACCAUGACCAACGUGGGGACUUUGACUGGGGUGGCUGCAGUGACAACAUACACUAUGGCGUUCGCUUUGCCAAGGCCUUCGUGGAUGCCAAGGAGAAGAGGCUCAAGGAUGCCCGGGCCCUCAUGAACUUACAUAACAACCGCUGUGGUCGCACGGCUGUACGGCGGUUUCUGAAGCUGGAGUGUAAGUGCCACGGCGUGAGCGGCUCCUGUACUCUGCGCACCUGCUGGCGUGCGCUCUCAGACUUCCGCCGCACAGGUGAUUACCUGCGGCGGCGCUAUGAUGGGGCCGUGCAGGUGACAGCAACCCAGGAUGGCGCCAACUUCACAGCAGCCCGGCAAGGCUAUCGCCGUGCCACCCGGACCGACCUUGUGUACUUUGACAACUCCCCAGACUACUGUGUCUUGGACAAGGCUGCAGGUUCCCUAGGCACUGCAGGCCGUGUCUGCAGCAAAACAUCUAAAGGGACAGACGGCUGUGAAAUCAUGUGCUGUGGCCGAGGGUAUGACACAACUCGAGUCACCCGUGUCACCCAGUGUGAGUGCAAAUUCCACUGGUGCUGCGCCGUGCGGUGCAAGGAGUGCAGAAACACUGUGGACGUCCACACCUGCAAGGCCCCCAAGAAGGCAGAGUGGCUGGACCAGACCUGAACAUGUCAAUACCUCACUCAUCCCUCCACUUCAAACCUCCUGACUCAAAAGCACAAGAUCUUUGCAUGCACACCUUCCACCACCCUCAACCCUGGGCUGCUACAGCUUCUAUUUAAGGACUUGGAGAAUGAUCCAGAGGGACUCUGGUGUCCUGGCUGGUUCCUUAGCCCUUGGAAGGAGUUGACAGGGGACGUAAGAAACUGAGCAGCUCCGACUCCCUGCUCUGGAGGCUAGAAGGGAGAGUGGAAGAGGUGUAGGUGUGAUAUGAGUUGCACUAAAGCAUGUGGUCGAGGCUCGUGUCUUCUUUCCCCUGCACUGGCCUACUGACACUUCUGUGUGUACAAGAGGAAAGGUACCCGGAGAGCGCUUCCUUUCGCUCCUACCUGGCUGAGGGUAGAUAGGACAGAGAUGAAACCACUUAUCUCUUCCCUAGGUCAGUUUGAGCAGACUGUCUGGUACCCUCCAAAAACCUCUUAGGCUACAACAUUCUUUCAUUAUUGAGAGUUAGAUGAGAGUUAGCCACAGUGGACAAGGUUCCAUUCAUAUGCUCACGUGUUUCUAAACUGCUGUGUUUUGUAAGGGAAAAUAUUACAUAACUAUACAAACAUCCAUUCUCCUCCCAUCUCUCUCUCCUUUUUGGCCUACAUCAGACAGCACUACUCCCUGGGCUCACUUGCUGCGUGUUUAAAUGAGUGGCAGGCAGUGAUAGCCAUGCCUAACAGAUCAUCAGAAUACCCUGGGACAUCCUGAGAAAGAGGGAUUUAGUAAGCCUUGGGAUUGUUUUUAAACUUCCCACGCGUUAUUCUUAUGGUCAGCCACGUUGAAGAAACGCUGAGAAAAAGGUAUAGGACUUGUGGAGGCGGGAGAGGGCAGCAGUCCUGAUCUCGAGGGUCCACAAUAGGCCUCCGUGUAUCGUAAGCAGAUCAAGAUCUCCAGCUUUGGCAAUUUUUAGGAGAGGAUCCUAGCCUUUGACGCUGGUAGUGGGAUCCAUGACUAUGAGGGAAGGAGAGCUGGGGCUUGGAGCCAAAGUGCUGAGCAUCUUAGAAGGCAGCCUUCCCCCAUUGAUUUUCUCCCCCCUCAGCAAGAACUCGUCUUUAUGUAGCGACUCUCCACGUCCUGGUGAUGGUGACUGUUAUUCCUUCCAUGUGUGGCUUCUGCAGGGGAGUUCCUUCUAUGCUACUACCCGCUCCCUAAAUCAGCUUGCGGUAGCUAAGUCUCCAGAGGCAAGCUAAAGGGUACGAAACGAAGUCUCCAAAACUGUGAUGUCCUAUUUUUAUGUGAUUUGAACAGUGGUUAUCUCUUCCCGCUGAUAUCUUAAAGGAGCAGAAUACUGUAGAAAUUUACAGUUAUGACAGACAUGGGUUGGAAUCACAGCUGUUUUUGAUAUUUUAAGCAAGAGACUCAAAUUCUCUGAGCCUCUACCUUCUCAUCUGUAAAAUGAGGGUAUAAAACUAUCUCAGAUACUGAGCAUAAUUACAGCUCCAAACUCUAGACAACAGACACUCUCACCAAAGCCGCUAUCUGGUCUCGCCCAUCAUGACUUACUUCAGAGCCUUCACCUAAGGACAGUCAAGUACUGACAGCAGGCUGUGGAUUCAGGGGCCUACCCGAGGAAUUCUGAGUAUAGCCUCCCCCUCUCCCAAGUUCCUCUCCAACAUCCCUUGGGGUCCUCACAUGUUUGUGGAACAGCUUCACUCUGCACAGGCAGCAGAAGGAGCCAUAGCUCUGGGAUAGGGGGGCAGAUUUAUUUGGAUGAUAGGACUAAUAUUUGUGUAACCUGUGGAGACCUGUGUGGGAGAGUUUGGGGUGGUUUUUCUUUUGGCAAGGGGGUUUGCUCCGAUUUCACAUCCAUUAACACAAAACAUGAGUUAGUCAGGGCCCUUGUGGUCUGCGGUGAGGGGAUGCCUGUGGAGAAAUGGGACUGAGUGAGUCAGGCCAGGGGAAUGUCUUCCUUGAAGAGUGGAGGCAACUGGAUAACUGAUGAGCCAAUGGUGGGAUGAGGGAGGGGGCACGGGAGGGAAGAGAAGAGCUUCUGACAUCUUGAGCUGGGAUUAAGAGGAGGAAAGCCUCAGUGUAGUGAGAAGGUAAGAGGGUUACAGCCAGUCUGAACUCAAUAAUAGAGUUGAAUGAAUUUCUAAAAGGGUGCUGUCUUGUAUGCUGGGCUGCUGGGAAGAGCCUCCGCGCCCAGUUAACCCCUGCUCUCACAGAAUAUCCAGGUGACCACGUAAGUGAUAGCAUGGGCCUUCCAUGGGACAUCAACCUGAGUUAAAUCAACUUGUCUCUAUUAUCUAUCUGUUUUCCGUUCUUAGCCCAGGGAGGGAAUGGGCCUCUUCUGACAUCUAACACUGCCCUAUGCUUUUCUCUGGCAUCCAAAUUCUGAUUCAUAAAGACCCACAUUCUGCAUUUUCUUAUAAUGGUUAGGCGAAGAGUGAGCUGUCCAGAGAGUGAGAGGUUUGAAAAGUGAGGCGGGUAGGGAGAGAAAAGAGGUCCACGUGAGCCCCACCACAGAGGUUAUGUGGCUCCGAGAAGGAAUGAUGGCCAAGCCAUUAAUUAUGCCUCUUAUUCCUUAGCUUGCCUGUGCAUUCCGAUUGGCUUUAGACAACUGGCGUCUAUUCUGUGCUAUACAAACAGAAACUAAUUCAUUUGGAACAAGCAGCAAAAUGAGAACUUUAUUUGGUGUAGUCAGGGCUCCAUGUCAUUCUGCCACUACUUACUCCCUCGCUGCCUCCAAUCUCCCCUCUUGCAGCCCACCUAUCCAACAGCGGUCUGUCCCUCAGACCAGCAGUCUCACAGCCCCUCUCCACUCUUUCCUAUUGGUCCUCAUUUCUUUUCACUUUUAAUAGUUAGGUAAAAGGCAGGCAGAAAGUGCUAUUUGGACACAAAGCUAACUUAAAAGAGGUUAUCUCUAUCCUUUAAGGAGCUUAGAAUCUUUCAGGGAAGGCAUGUGACUGCAGUGCCCCCACUGCACGCCUGUAGCCAGUUUCUCUAUGGAACAGUAAGGAUGCCAGCCUUCACCGUGCCUUGGAGAUAAGAGCCAACCUGUAUUAUUGCCAACCUUGAAUGACAGCUCUAAUCCAUACUCUUCCUCAGAGAUGCUGAAAAAAUUCAAUCAGAGACGUUAGACUAUUUAAAAGAAUGAAGUCCUGCCUGGCCGUGAGGGUCUGUUUGUGAACAGUCCUGUAGGUCUGACUCAUGACCACUCACUGCCUCAUUUCUCUUCCUCCCUAUAGCAGAGAGUAAUUUCUUCUCCUUUCUCUCACCUCCCUCAGCAAGAACACCAACCGCUAAGUCCCUGCCAAAUUCUCAGGCCCACUCCGGACAUCGGCUUAAUACAAGAGAGAUUAUUAGGAUUUUCCCCCCCUCUGACUUUCUGAGGUUUUAUUUAAAUGCCCUCAGUGGUCAUAGGGAGAAGCCCAAGUGAGGACACCGGGGAGAGUAUGUUUCUCAUCCCUGAGAGGCUCCCGCAACCCAAUGACAGCACCAGAGAACAAUGUGAUGCAUUCCUGGGCAGGUCGGUGGGACCCUGGGCGCCUGGGCCUUGUGGAGAGAGGUGCCAGACACAGAGCUCUCCGUAAGCAAUCCUGCAGAGCCGCCCCCUGGGUGCAGAGAUGAAAUACGGGAGAGCUUCACAUUACACAGAGACCCCAGCUCACACCUGGUUAUUGAUGGCCUUGGCGGAGGCCUCUGCCCCCACCCUCCACUUAGGGGUUGCCUGCUACUACGGGGGCUGGGCAUCUUUGAAGCAAUGUUGGAAAACAAGAGAUGCUUCCUUUUCACGCUUUGCCCUCCCAGUCUGCACACGACCAGGAGGAUACACAUACAUAUGAGGUGCACAUAUACGGGCAUACAUAUACAGAUAUGAACAUACACAUAGCUUCUCUCAUUCUAGUCAUCCUCCCCUUUCCCAGAAGCAAAAAAUAAAAAAGCAACUAGAUUUCAAUCAAAUUCUCCAAAACUCAUACCAACAGCAGAGGUUCAGCUAUAACCAAAGAAUAUUAAAAAGUUACAUUAUCAACAUGCAGGCAGCUGUUUAGUUUGGGGACCAGUUGUCACCCGGGGAUGAGAGGAGGAGGAGGCAGAAAGGGAUGGACAAUGGACAAUUAGCACCCAAGCGAGGGGUCUGAGACGUCUCAGGGCUGGUUCAUGCUGGAAAUAGUACAGUUCAUGCUCUGUGUGCUGUGUAUGGUGAGGCAGUCUGACUGCUCAUGCCCUAUUGUUCUUAACUCUUGUUAGGUUAGAAGCAGGAGAGCUUUGGGAUCCAGAGAUGAUCUCCCAAGAGAGGUAUUGGAGAGGAGCAAGCAGUAGCUCUACUAGGCAAAUAUGUCACAGUUACUGCACUGAACGGAGCUUUUCCAGAAGAUAUGAUUCUCUUUGGGUGGUUGUCAGGUUUCAGGCAAUAGCCAGUGGGGUCUCAGUAAUAUCCUGUCCCUGCCUCCAAAGGGAUAGAAAAGAGGGAGCGUUUAUAAGCACAUUUUCCCACUUCCCUUUCAUGACUUAGAGGAUCUCUAAGCAUCUUUGUGGCUAUUCCUCAUUUACUUAAGAUGUUUUAGUCAUCCUGGAUUUGAGAAAGCAAGGUAAGCAUUAUCCCCUUGGCCCCCUAACUGAACUAUCUGGGCUUCAAAUUUGCCUUUGCUCACUUCCAUUCUGCCUGAGUCUAUGGAUGGGGCAGCAGGCCACACAGUUCCCUUUCUUUGACCAAAAGGAACUGAAAUCUGGUGACUUUAUUUCAAUACCACCAGCCCCUAUAAGCAGGCCUGACUGAACAGAAAGGCUAAGCUGAGUGAAGAAAAAAAGAAUACAGUUUAAUCCACAGCUGUUCUAUUUGACAUCUUUUUCAAGGUAAGGCUUCCCCAAGAAUAAAUGUGGUACUCGCCCUGGCCAGUGUGGUUCAGUUCUUUGGGUUUCGUCUGGUAUACCGAAAGGUUGCUGCUUUGAUUCCCAGUCAAGGCACAUAUCCAGUUUGCGGGCUCAAUCCCUGGUGGGAGGCAUGCAGGAGGCAACCAAUGGCUGUUUCGUGCUCACACAGAUGUUUUUCUCUCUCUCCCUCUCCUUUCCUCUCUCUAAGGUAAUCAAUAAAAAAAAUAUUUUAAAAUGUGA